AUGGACGAGCCCCUGCCGGGUGAGUUUGAAGAUGUGGUGGACUUCAUCAAAGUGACCAUCAGCAGAAUACGUCGCUCCUCGUCAUCCACCGCCAGCGCCCGACACAGAAGGGAGAGGACAAAGGGGGUGAACCAGCAGAGUGGUAAAGGAGGAAGAGGAGGAGCUAGAGGAGGGGAGACAGGCAGGAAGGUUAGAGGAGGAGGCGGCAGUGGACGAGGACAGGGUUGUGUGCUCAAACAGAUCCACCUCAACGUGACGGACCUUGGUCUGGGCUACCGCUCAAGUGAAGAAAUGAUAUUCAGGUACUGCUCAGGACCCUGCAGGAAGUCCGAGACCAACUACGACAAAAUCCUCUAUAACCUCGCUCAUAACAGGAGGCUUCCUUCCAGAGACACACCCCCUCAGGCUUGCUGCCGACCAAUAGCGUUUGACGACGAUCUCUCGUUUCUGGAUGACAACCUUGUUUACCACACCGUGAAGAAGCACUCUGCCAGGAAGUGUGGCUGUGUGUAG